AGGUAUGAGUGUGUAGUCCGCUUCCUACAAGGCUUCUACUCUGCAACCGCUAGCUAACUUGCCUGCUAGCUAGCCUCCAGUUCAAAAUGACUGAGCACUGCGCUGCAGCGAGCUGCGACGACCAGCAGCAGCCAUCCGAAGACACCACUCCGCUCUUCAGCUUUCCUCUGGACCCAGAGCGCUGCAAGCAAUGGUUGGACAACUGUCACCGGCAGGAUUUGGCAUCCGAGCCUCCAGAGCAGCUGCACAAGUUGUACAGACUUUGUGCGAAGCAUUUUGAGCCCUCUAUGAUGUCUCACCAGACUGCAUCCAGUUGUGUGUUAAAGGAGGAUGCUGUUCCUACAAUAUUUAAUGAAACGACGCCUAUGGACGAACAGCCGGCUGCUAGCAGGAAACGAGCCAGAGAUCCUUCGGAAGAAGAAGCAGCCGUUGUAAAGAAAACAAAAGAAAAUGCACCAGCAGAACUGAAAGAGGAGUCAAAAGAAGCAGCUGGGGAGAACAGUUCAGUGACUGAACUGCAAACAGAUAACCAGAGCCACGAGGACGUAGCUGUCUCCAAAGCAAAAGAGUCCCUGAAAGCCUAUUUCAAGGAGAUCUUGGCACUGACAGGGUUCAGCAUCAAUGGAGCCAACAUUAGCGCUGAGCAGCCAAUCGGAGGUGCAAACGGCCAGCAGGCUCUCAAUCGGACCUAUCUGGAGAAAAUAGACAAGAAAGAAAUCCUGCAGUUCAGUGAAUACCACAUGAGGGAGGAGAUUCAGAACAGCCUGACACUGGCCCGGUUCUUCUCCAUUCUGCUGCAGGACGUGACGAGCAUAGAAGGAAAGGAGCAUAUUCCUGUUUUCAUCAGGUCGGUCACUAUUGCUGGUUUCCCCCAAAAGCAUCUCAUUGGCUUCUUACCAUGCGACUUGGAUGGAGAGAGCAUGUUUUACAUGCUCCUCUCUGAGCUACGAAGUAAAUGGGGGCUGAGGAUGGAGCACUGCAGAGGACUCACUUAUCUCAUCACAGGUGACAUGUGUCAGAAAAUGAGAGAUCUCACCUGCAGAAUCCUGCAGGAGUUCCCACAAGUAGUUUUGUCGCCAAGCGAUCCAUAUGCGUUCAACAUUUGGAUCAUUCGCUGCAUGCCUGUUCCCUCAAUCCAGAAGGUUGCAGACACUGUAGAAGAGGUGGCCUCGUUACUCAGAAGAACCCCAGAACUGAGCAUCCGACUGGAAGGAAAGAUCCAUAUGACAUACGGGCAUGUGAAAGGAGAAGUUGACCGAAUCAAAGGGAGUAUCAGUGGGAACUGGGAACAUGGUACCGAUGCCUUCCAGACCAUGCUAGAAAUUCUUGAGCCAUUUCUAACAUCCAUUAAUGAGAUAAUUUCCAAAGUGAAUGAAGAUACUGCUGAACAGAUGGCCAAGCUCAAGCCAAUUUUAAAGAAUUUCAAUUUCAUCAUGACACUUGUUGUUCUGAAAAACACCCUCUGUUGUGUGAGCAUACUUAACUCAAGUCUCAGGGGAAUCAUAAGCAUCAGCAGUACCUUACAGUACACAAUCUCCAAUGCCUUAAAGCUGGUCAGCAAAUACCAACAAGAGCUCCCAAUAUUUCACCGAAAAUGGUUUUCAGAUGCUGUUGGCCGGGCAAAAAAACUGGGAGUGGAGAUCAUUAAACCAGAUCUGGCCCAGUCAGACACAACAGAGACACCUCUGGAGGACUUCUACAGAGAGACCUUGAGCCGGCCGAUCUUACAGUAUCUCGUUGCAGAGGUGAAGAGAGUGUUCAGCACAGAGAUGGUGAGAAUUCUCCGAUGGCUCUCGUUGGUGCCAUCUUACAUGGCAGACCACAAUUUCAGCAUUCGCAGGGAUAAAGUAGCAGACGCCAACUUAAAUAACCUUGCACGUCCGGACACGUUCUACGAAGAGCUCGGUUGUUGGGAGGUGAAGUGGAGGCAUGCAAGCAAACGCAGAAUCCUGCCAACCACGGUGUUUGCUACGCUCAAGAUACCAGACAUCGGGUUUUACCCAAACGUGCAAAGCUUGUUAAGGGUGCUGGGCACUGUUCCAUGUGUAAAUGCAGAAGCCGAUGUGUAUGGCCAGUACCACAUGGUACUGGAGCGGUGCCAGUCGUAUCUGAACGAAACACCAGAGGACCAAAGACAGUGCAACAUGGCAUUUGUUUACGUGAACCAGGACGUGCACUUCAGUGUUGAAAAAGUGGUGGAGACGUAUGUUCAGAAACAUCCUGAUAUCCUGCAAAUGCUGCAAAUAAAUGACGACGCAACAGAGGCGCCUUCACAAGUGGCGGCCCAUGGAAACCACACAGAAAAAGAUACUGAAGAAGAGUUGCAACUCAUAAAUCUAGAGAUGGAUGCUGAUAGGCUUGUUGAAAUGAAAUGUGCCGAGACGGACAGAGAAGCUCUUAAAUCUGCUCUGCAGGCUGCAGUGGUGGCUUCUUACAACAGUCAGAUCAAGUUAAAAAGUGAUGCUUGUCCAGCUCAAGAUGGAGACGUGGAAUAUGUGACCAAGUCUGAAAUGAAUGAAGUUCUCACUGUGUGUGAGAAGGCUGUCAGGGAGGGCAUCCUCAUGGAGGUGGGCAGUUCAUUUUUUUCUCUGGUUAUUGACCGUGUUGUAAAACUUGAGCAGAAGGACUAUCUUCCACUCUUCAUCAGGUUUGUGGACAGUUUUGAUGUCAUGCGAUUCGAGUUGUUGGGGUUUAUUGAGGCAAAUCUUGAAUGUGAUGUCUUGAUUGCAAGGCUUAUGGAAAAAAUAACCGUGGAGUGGCGUCUUGAUUUAAGUAACUGCAGAGGUCAGGCUUACCUUGGCUCUGGAGAUGUUUCGUACAAGCUUAAAGCAUUUGCCUGCAAAGUCCAAGAGAAGUAUCCUCUUGCAAUAAGCACCCACUGCUCUUCUUAUUCGUUCAACACGUGGUGGUCAAAGUCCAUCCCAGUACCUGCAGUUAAAAGAGCUCUAGACACAUUUGAAGAAGUCAUGACGUUUUUUGGCAGCAGUGCUGCUCGAGAAAAACAGCUUGACCAUGUGAUAGCCUAUGGUCUUAGAGAGAGUUAUGAAAAGGUCCAAGAGUUACAAGGGAAGUUCUGCACAGUUUGGCAAGAAAAGCAUGAUUCUUAUGAGGUAUUUGUGCAGAUGCUCGAGUCCCUAGUUGAAUGUCUCGAGAAAAUCAAAAGUCACCCACAGAGAUGGAAGGCCUCUGUCUCUGAACAAGCAGGCAUCCUUCUUUGCAAGGUGACUGAAUUUGAGUUCAUCAUUGCAAUGGUGGUCUUGAAGAAUACAGCUUCUUUCACCAAAGAGCUAAGUGCAGGUCUUCAGAAGGACCAGUUCACUGCUGCAUCCCAGCUUUGCCAGAUUGAUGGCAUUAUGGCCACUCUAAACAGAGUGAAAACCAACAUGAAGUUAUUUCACCAGAACUGGUUUGAUGAGGCCUGGGCAAUCGCCCAAAGUCUUACAGUUCAGGUUGACGGGCACGAAAACUCUGUCCUAAAGGACGGUAUGACAAAGUCAGUAGCAAACUACAAAGAUUGCUUGAGUGUGCCCCUCGUAGACAACCUCAUCAGUACUGUGAAGGAUCAUUUUUCAGAUGACCAUAAAGAAGCUCUCAACUUCCUCUCCCUGGUUCCAUGCUCAGUCACAGUGAGUUAUGUGUUUGAGAGCUUGAAGUCAAAGCCUCCUCUCUAUAGUAGCGAUCUCCCAGAUGCCGACAACUUCUUCACAGAACUGUGUUGUUGGAGAGUAACGUGGAAGACUAAAGUGGCAUCUGUUACCAUUCCAAGCUCCAUAUUUCACACUCUGCGUCUGCCACUCAUGCAGUACUUUGGAAACAUCAACACUCUUCUGAGAAUCAUGUCUGUGCUCCCCAGCACAACACUGGAGGACUGUGGUGUUGUGAUGCGUCACAAGAAGUUCCAAGACUACCUGAAAAACACAAAUCCCAAAGACAGGACUCCAUGUUUGGCUAUACUGCAUGUGAGCACAGACUUCAGCAGAGACCUGGACCGUAUGGUGUCACAGUGUUUGAAAGUUACCCCACAAGCCUUGGAGGGUAUUUGUUUGGACAAGGAAUCAAAGAGCAUUAUCAAGAACUCCGAAAAUAAUAUAGAAGUCGACUGUGUCAAAGAAGAACCUGAGGAGCUCAAAGUUCAACGAUCCCUUGAGAAGUUGCAGGACGAAGAGAUGAAACAAGCAGAUGACAAUGGACACACUGGAGACAAUCGUCAAAGUCUGGCUACUGUUUUUAGGCUGGCUGCACUACUGGGAAAAAAGAACAGCAGCCUUCGUGAACUUUCAGAAGAAGACCGAGAGCCACUUGUUCAGGAGCUCAAGCUAUGUCACUGGUUUGGAAAUGAAAGCAAAAGCACGCAAUCUGUUAGUGAUGAUGAAAUGGUAAACCUCCUCAUAAAUGGAAUCAGAGAUGUCAUACUUAAGGAAAUUCAGGAAUCUCCAUUUUUCUCACUCAUCACAGAUAAACCUGUGAGAAUAUGUGACAAGACCCACCUCCCCGUCUUUGUUCGAUAUGUUGGGGAAUCUGCUCCAAAAGUUGAGCUCAUGGGUUUUUUGCCAUUUGAUGAAAACGAGCUACCCGCUUUGUGUCGUAACACCCAGUGA